AUGGACCAUCAACUCGCCAGCGACAUGCUGCUCGAUUCCGACUACGACGAAAAGCGCCUGACCCCCAACGACGACCACGACAACGUCGCCAUCAUCUCCCCCGACGACGGCGACAGCAUGGUCGACGACCCAGAGCCCUCCGCCGACCCGGCCCCUCCCCUCGCCGACGACCAUGAAGCUAUCAUGGCCCGCUACAUGCCGCCCAACCCAGACCUCGAAACCGAGGCAGAGACUUAUCACACCUGGGACAUCACCAACUGGUCACAACAGCCCAAGCGCACUCACGGACCUGUGUUCUACUGCGCGGGCCAUCCAUGGCGCAUCCUCUUCUUCCCUGCCGGCAACUCGGCAUCAGAAUCUGUAUCAUUUUACCUCGAGCAAGGCUUUGCUGAUGACAAGCCGCCGGAAGACUGGUACGCCUGCGCCCAGUUCUUGCUGGUUCUACACAACCCAAACGAUCCAUCAGUCUACAUCAAGCAUGAAGCGAAUCACCGCUUCACCGCCGAGGAGGGAGACUGGGGCUUCACAAGAUUUGCGGACAAGAAUAAGAUAUUCGCCCCCAAGUUCGAGAACUCCGAUCGCCCGCUGGUAGAGAAUGACUGCGCCAAGAUGACCGCCUAUGUGCGGGUGCUGAAGGAUCCUACAGGUGUCUUGUGGCACAACUUCGUCAACUACGACAGCAAGAAAGAGACUGGCAUGGUGGGUCUGCGGAAUCAAGGUGCCACGUGCUAUCUCAACUCCCUCCUUCAGUCGUUAUACUUGACCGGUGCCUUCCGCAAGGCAGUAUACCAGAUCCCAACAGCUACUCAGCAGGAACGAGACGCCUCAUCUUCCGCAUACGCCCUACAGCGCCUCUUCUACCGUCUACAAGCCGACCCCGUCGCGGUGAGCACGCAAGAGCUGACACAUUCGUUUGGCUGGGAAUCGAGACAAAUCUUCGAGCAACAAGAUGUGCAAGAGCUCUCGCGGAUAUUGAUGGAGAAGCUAGAAGCUCGCAUGAAGGGCACAGAGGCGGAGAAUGCGCUGGAACAGAUGUUCGUGGGCAAGAUGAAGACAUACCUCAGAUGUAUCAACGUCGACUACGAAUCUAGUCGGAUCGAGGACUUCUGGGACCUGCAACUGAACGUGGCUGGAUGCAAGAGUCUCGAUGAUAGUUUCAAAGACUACAUCCAGGUCGAGACGUUGGAGGGUGACAACAAGUACGCGGCAGAGGGUUUUGGUCUGCAAGACGCCAAGAAGGGUGUCAUUUUCGAGAGCUUCCCCAAUGUGCUUCACCUACAGCUCAAGCGAUUCGAGUACGACUUCCAGAGAGACGCGAUGAUGAAGGUUAACGACCGCUACGAGUUUCCUGAAGUCUGGGACGCUUCCCCAUACUUGGACGAGCACGCAGACAAGUCUGAGCCGUACAUUUACCAUCUCCACGGUGUCCUUGUGCACUCGGGCGAUCUCAACGCAGGCCACUACUACGCAUUCCUGAAGCCUGAGAAGAAUGGCCAAUUCUUCCGCUUCGACGACGACCGGGUGACGCGAGCUACUAAGAGGGAGGCAAUCGACGAGAACUUUGGUGGAGACUACGCGGCGAUGAACGGUGUCAAUGGUGCCAAGGUGCAGAAUCCUUACACCCGCCAGUGGUCAACCAAGCGUUCGAACAACGCCUAUAUGUUGGUGUACAUCCGCGAAAGCAGGCUGGACAAGAUCCUGCUUCCAGAAAAGGAAGUACCGCCUCCAGAGCACCUGCCAGCCAAGAUUGCCGAAGAGCGACUUCUAGCAGAGAGACGACGCAAGGAGAAGGAGGAGGCCCAUCUCUACAUGAAUGUCCUGGUUGCGUUGGAGGCUAACUACAAGGCUUAUACGGGAGUUGACCUCAUUCCGUGGAACAGCGAAGAUCCUCUCGACGACGCAGCUCCGAAGACUCACCGACUGCUACGAAGCAUGACAAUUCAGGACUUCACCGAACUGAUUGCUGGACAGCAAGGUAUCGACAAGGAUCUGCUGAGGCCGUGGAUCAUGGUCAAUCGUCAAAAUGGAACAAUUCGCCCCGAUCAUCCUUUGCUGUGGCCCGACAUGACACUGCAAGAGGCGGCAGACAAGUUCAGCACUCGAACGUCUGGUUUCCGAGUCUUCAUGGAAGAAACAAGCCGCGACGAGAAGGGCGAGCCUAUUUGGCCGAACGAUGAAGUUGCACCGUCGUCUCCAGUGGUCAAUGGAAAUGUAGUAGCUCCUCAACAAAAGCCCAUCAUUCUGUUCUUGAAGCAUUUCGAUGUGGAUCGUCAACAGUUGCAAGGCGUUGGGCACAUCUAUAUGAACCCACAAGACAAGGCCAACGACCUCGCCGCGCCUAUCCUCGACAUCAUGGGUUGGGAACCCGGAGCCGUCAACAUUGAGCUGUUCGAAGAGAUCAAGCAAAACUACAUCGAGCCGAUGAAGCCAAAGAAUAGCCUCGUGGCUUCGGAAAUCCAGGACGGUGAUAUCAUCUGCUUUCAGCGUCACCUCAACGAGGCCGACGUGACGGCACUGAGACAGGUCAAUCCAUCCGCGUGUCUGAGCGCCCCACAGUUCUACGACUACCUGAUGAACCGGUUGUUCGUGUCCUUCACCCCAAAGACCGCUCCACCAGCAAAUCUGCAACUACGAAAAGAAGGCGACGAGAAGUUUGUGCUUGCACUUUCAAAGAAGGACAGCUACGAUGCGCUGGCUCUCAAGGUUGCGGAACACCUGUCAUCAGUCAAUGCUAUCCCGGUCGAUCCAUCACACAUCCGCUUUACGACGACUAACAUCCAAUCUGGUAAGCCCAGGACGGUGGUCAAGCGUCAGCAAGGCGCUACUGUGAACACGAUACUCCUCGGAUCUAGCGGAUAUGGUGGCUACACCUACCCACCCAGUCAGGCACCAGAUCAUCUGUAUUACGAGGUUCUGGAGAUGAGCUUGACAGAUCUCGAGCAGCGCAAGACUGUACGCAUCACUUGGCUUUCGGAAGGGAUUACGAAGGAAGAGACACGAGACAUUCUUGUGCACAAGCAGGCACAGUUCGACGCUGUGCUUGACGGCUUGAAGCAGCAACUCCAACUUCCUGAUGAAAUUCUCGAUCAGAUCCGAUUCUACGAGGUGCACAGCUACAAGGUGUACAAGAUCCUCCCGCAGACACACGGUGUCAUUGCGCUUAACGAGUUCAUGAGCGUGUAUGCCGAGAAGAUUCCCGACGAGGAGAAGGAGCUCGACAAGGAGAAGGGUGACCGACUUCUAUACUGUUUCCACUUUGAGAAGGAUCCAUCAAAGUCGCACGGCGUACCGUUCAUCUUCUUCAUGAAAGCUGGCGAGACCUUCAAAGACACCAAGGAGCGACUAUCGAAGCGAACAGGCAUCAAGGGCAAGAACUUUGAGAAGAUCAGGUUUGCUGUGAUCAAGGGUGGUCAGAACUACAGCAGACCUGUGUGGAUAGAAGAUGACGACAUCCUCUCAGAGAAGCUCCAACCAGAAGAUCACCUGGGCCUCGAACACCCCAACCGAGCCCGCAACAAUUGGAUGAGGUACGAGAGCUUGAACAUCCGUUAA